UUCUUUUAGUAAUCUGUCACUGUUGCGAAAUUUUUUUUAAGAAGAGUAUGUCGCUUGGAAAAUUUGGAAAAAUAACAUUAUCGUGGUAACUACAAAUAUAUCUAAUAUUUCCAAUAUUAUUCCUUGUUAUUCACAAAGAAUAUUCUUGGUGGUUAGGCAUUACAGUCACAAGUUUAUCUCUUUUCGUGGUUGCGAAAAACUACGUAAAUGACCGUCGUAUUGAGAAUAUGAAAGCAAGGGAACGUAUGCGCAGAGCUAACGAAGGAGAGUAUCCCGACCUGUACAGGAAACUGUGAGAUAAUUUAACUGCUGUAGAAACUAGUGUGAAGGAAUAUCAAAGAUGGCAGUACCACAAUUAGAUCCGGCCAAGCUGCAACUGGUCCAGGAGUUGGAGAUAGAGAUGAUGUCCGACAUGUACAACCGUUUAGUCACCACCUGUCAUCGAAAAUGUAUACCCUUGAAGUAUCAUGAGUCCGAACUAGGGAAAGGCGAAUCAGUCUGCUUGGAUCGCUGCGUCGCGAAAUAUUUAGACGUCCAUGAACGCAUCGGUAAGAAGUUGUCGAAUAUGUCGCAAGGGGACUCUGAGGAUCUUACCAAAAUAAACUUACAAGAAACCAAAAAAUAGUAAACUAUAAAAACAAAUUAUAACUUGCAGUAAGUGCCAUAGACAAUAUAGAUUUUUUUCGUUUAAAAACACUCCAUUUUGUUUCAUUUUUAUUUAUAAACAUCAAUAUUGUUUUAAUGGCAAUUUUAUAUGAUACAUUAAAUUGAAAAUAUUGCUGCAAGUUAUAAUUUAUAUUUUUCAACAACGGUUUUAAUAGAAAACGUACAAAUAGAUAUAUGGGAACUUCUUCAAUGCAAGUCAUUAAAUAAACGACUUUUAUCUGUGCUUAAAUUAGUUCUUGUCUCAAUGCAUUUGACAAUGGUGUUGUGUUAGUAUGGGUAUUUUUAAUUUAGUAAUAUAUUAGACAUUGUUAAAAAUAAAACUGAAAAA